AGCGUUGAUUUCGGACCAUGGAGAUUCCAGUUGGAUUAGGAGGGGUCUGUGACUCCCCAAAUGCAGUUUUUCGCCGACCUCACCAAAACGUUUUUCACAACGUACGGGUAACGCGACCGAGUAACAUUGUCGUCACCGAGAACUUAGAUUUAUCGAGUGCAAAGUACAGUUUAAUUCAAGACAAACACUGGGAAAUGCGACAAACGACCAGACUGUCACCCAGAAAAGGAAUAUGGUCCGGGACGGUUCGCAAUUCUGAUAUCGAAAGAAAAGACGGCGAAAGAGUGAAUUUUACUCGGGCAGUUGAAACGGAGACGAGCAGAGUCCAUUUUGUUAAAACUUCGGCAGGAAGCACAAGCGAGUUUUCUGCUCCUGCCACUGACAAGCUAGACGAUGCAGAUGCCUCUAGGUUCAGUGUCUGUUCUUCUGAAUCAGAGCAAGCAAGCAAAACCGAACAGAAAUAUAGUGGAACAGCUGUACCCCGCCAGACACAGAAGUUAGUUCCGAACAGUGACGCAAGUGUGGCAAACAGUUGCGCCUUCAACGCAGGCAGCACUACCAUCUCAGAAACGGCGAGGGAGCUGUGCAAAGCCGUGUCCGUCUCUUUAGGCUUGGCCAUGGACUCAAAUGACAUAAGUGAACUGGGACCAACCCAUGCACCGCGGCCGCUCUCAAGUGAACGAAGCCGAGCAAACUAUUUGUUUGAAGUGCCUUUGUUGGAUUGCUCAGUGAAUGGAAGUGAGGCUGAGGAAGUCGGUCACGGUCCUGAAUACAAAAGUACGUUGACACUAGAUGGGAGCGCGUUACAGAGUGAUAAACUGGUUGAUAUGUUUAAAAGUAGCGAUGCAAACGAGCUGUCUGGUGAACUGGCAUCUCUGCAGGACCUGAAUCCUCCUCACCCAAACACAGAAGCGCACGAGCCGAACCCGAGUGGAGACGUCUCGAUCCUCAGUCCUAAAUAUACAGUAGCCCUGAACAUCGACGCCGCACGUGUGGCCGCCUGUCAGUUCGACCAACUGUUGCCCAAUAACUUCACUCACUUUAGCCAUGUGGAUAACUUGUCCGCCGCGUUAGACAAUGAACACGGCUUUUCCAAGCGUGGCACCAUGUCUAAUGUCUCUAGCGGAGUGCAGGAGGACCGAUACAACGAUUAUUUAACCCAUUACAGCAUUAAAGUCAAGUCAGAGGGAAUACCCACUGAGCCGACCGAAACAUGGACCUACUCAUCCAGGUUUAACGAGAACAGUAACACUCAGUAUGGACAUCUCAGGCAAGGUAUACAUGCUUACAGUACCGGGCCGGAUCCAGCCUUCAUUAGCAGCCUGUGUGAGCCUGGCAGGGGCGGAGGACUGGCACCUCGGGAGAGACCCCCCCCGGAACAGUGGUAUUCUGGCGGAAUGUUAAACCGUAUGCCUUAUCCUAAUGCUCCUUGUAUGAAAAACGAGGUCGGAGAAUGGCUAGACGUGUCCGCAAACACUGACGGCAGGUUUGAGGGCAGACGAGAGCACAUGUUUCCCAUGGAGUUUUUUUUCCCUCCUCAGCGAACGUGUCUGAUCUGCUCAGAUGAAGCUUCAGGAUGUCAUUACGGAGCCCUCACCUGUGGAAGCUGCAAAGUGUUCUUCAAAAGAGCUGCAGAAGGAAAACAGAGGUACCUGUGUGCAAGCAGAAAUGACUGUACCAUUGACAAACUGCGGAGAAAGAACUGUCCCUCUUGUCGUCUGAAGAAGUGCUUUGAAGCUGGAAUGACUCUGGGAGCGCGUAAGCUGAAAAAGAUUGGCCAGCUGAAAAGUCCUGAAGAGGAGACCCCUGGUCAGGGUCCAAGUGAUGCCAUCCAGUGCCUGUCGCCCAAAUCCGGCCUCUCCUUCCACUCCCAACUCGUCUUCCUCAACAUCCUGGAGGCCAUUGAGCCGGAGGUGGUCAACGCCGGCCAUGACCACGCCCAGCCAGACUCCGCCGCAGGUCUGCUGACCAGCUUGAAUGAACUGGGAGAGAGACAACUGGUCAAAGUGGUCAAAUGGGCCAAAGGGCUGCCAGGUUUUCGUAACUUGCAUGUGGAUGAUCAGAUGACUGUGAUCCAGCAUGCCUGGAUGGGAGUGAUGGUGUUUGCGUUAGGGUGGAGAUCCUAUAAAAAUGUCAAUGCCAGAAUGCUGUACUUCGCCCCAGAUCUCGUCUUCAAUGAUCGUAGGAUGCAUAUUUCCAGUAUGUAUGAACACUGCGUCCAAAUGAAGCAUCUCUCCCAACAGUUUAUGGUUCUUCAGGUCACACAAGAAGAGUUCCUCUGCAUGAAGGCUCUGCUUCUGUUUAGCAUGAUUCCAGUAGAAGGUCUAAAGAGUCAGAAAUACUUUGAUGAGCUGCGUUUGACAUACAUCAAUGAACUGGAUCGACUCAUCCACUACGGAAGGAAAACCAACUAUGCCCAGCGCUUUCACCAGCUGACACACUUAAUGGACUCUCUGCAACCGAUUGUGAGGAAGCUUCAUCAGUUCACCUUUGACCUUUUUGUCCAAGCCCAGUCUCUAUCUACAAAGGUCAGCUUCCCUGAGAUGAUUGCUGAAAUUAUUUCCGUCCAAGUUCCAAAGAUUCUGGCGGGGCUGGCCAAACCCAUCCUGUUCCACAAGUAACCCCCACAGUCCCCAAACUUCAGUCUCCUCAGACCUGCCAAGCUCAGUCAAAGCAGUCCUGUCACUAGUCCGCUCCAAUCUGGUUUAAUCCAGCCUAACCAGUUUUAUCUCAAUUCAACC